UACUGAUCAUCCGUCACAUCAGCUCCGCAAUACCGGCAGGGGACAAACAAGGAAAUUAUAAUCAAAAGACAGCUGUAAGAGUGUUUGCUCCCUUUUAUUUGUAAGAAACAAGAGUAUUCCUGUAAUACAACUACUUGUAUUAAUUCUCCCGCAGAGACGAUGCUUCAGUGUCUGUCUGGAAGUUCGUGUGUGCGUGUCAUAGAAGGUUACAGGUCUACGUGGUAUUUCUUGGUCUUGGUAUUAGCGUAUGUGUUAUAUCUGAUAUUCGGUGCUUUAGUGUUUUACGCGGUGGAGCUGCCGUAUGAAGAGCAGCUUCGGCAAGAGCUUCGGACCGUGAAGCAGCAGUUUCUAAAUGAUAACGAAUGUCUGUCCGAUGAAAGACUGGAGGAGUUUCUCACCAGAGCUUUAGAAGCGAGUAAUUACGGUGUGUCGGUUCUCAAUAAUGCUACUACUAACUGGAACUGGGAUUUCACAUCAGCCCUCUUCUUCGCCAGCACUGUGCUGUCCACGACAGGAUAUGGCCACUCCGUUCCUCUCUCAGAUGGUGGUAAGGCUUUCUGCAUCAUUUACUCUGUGGUGGGAAUCCCGUUCACCCUGCUGUUCCUGACUGCAGUGGUCCAGAGGAUCAUGGAGUUCAGUACCCGCAGGCCCGUGGAGUACCUGCACCGGCGCUGGGGCAUGUCCAAACCUCUGCUGGCCGCCCUGCACGCCUCCCUGCUGGCCAUUAUAACCGUCUCCUGCUUCUUCCUCAUACCUGCUAUCAUCUUUUCAGUACUGGAAGAGGACUGGAAUUUUCUGGAGUCCUUCUAUUUCUGCUUCAUUUCUCUUAGUACUAUUGGCUUAGGUGACUAUGUACCAGGAGAGGGCUACCAUCAGAGGUUCAGAGAACUCUAUAAAUUGGGCAUUACAUUCUACCUGAUAUUGGGCUUGAUCGCAAUGCUAGUGGUUCUGGAAACCUUCUGUGAACUUCAGCAGAUGAAGAAGCUCAGGAAGAUGUUCUACCUGAGAAAACAAAAAACAGAAGACCAGCUAAACAUUGUGGAUCAUGAUCACCUCUCAUUCGCCUCUGUGUCCGACCCGGCAGCCUCUUUUAGGGAGGAUAAAACUGAUGUGUUUCCUGAUGACAUAGUCUCUGCCUCACCUACUACUACCUCCAAUGGACCAAUGGACCGAUGAUGCAUCCUAAAGUUUUG